GAACCGUAUAUGGGUACACAUAAAAUGGCGGCGAAUAGGCAUCAGUUUUGCUUCACUAUUUUUUUAAUGCUUGGUGUUGCCUCUACUGUAAUGAUAUUCUUUAUAUUGAUCACACCGGAAUGGAAAACAAACUCUGCAGUUACUUCUAACUCUCUCAAAAACUUUGACAUGCAACGGAACAGAAUGGGCUUAUGGAAAGUAUGCAUGGAAUACUUGUGGAAGGUCGUGGGAGCUCGUAAAGUUUGCGAUCAAUACGAUCCUGCAUUAGUUGGGGUACCUGGUUACCUAAGGACAAUCCAAGUCAUGAUGAUGAUGGCAAUCAGCUUUUCGCUAGGUGGCGUUGUAUGUUCCCUCCUAGGUUUAAAACGGGUCCCUCUUUUGAGCAAUAAGAGGAAAAACAAAACUAUUCUUCUUGCCGGCGUUUGUCAUGUUUUUGCAGGCAUGAUAACUUGUGUAUGUGUGUCUCGUUACGCUGUGGAGGUAACAAGAGAAUAUUACGCCGUACCUGCUUAUCAGCUUCAAGUUGAUGCCAGAACCCUCAAAUACACAUUUGGAACAUGUUUGUACGUGGGGUGGGCUGCUUCUGCCCUUGCAGUUAUAACAGGAUGUUUGAUGAUGUUGUUUUAUAAACGCUGCCGUAAACAGGAGGAAUGUAUUGAAACCGACUCUGAAUCGGCAAAAGACCGAACAGAAUCAAAACACAUUGAUCCAGACUAUAAACGGGUGCGAAAAACAUCGUUGGAGAAAACUCCAACACCGAACUCGGAUUUCACGAAAAAUGACGAAACACACCAGAGUCAUCCAUGUAGCAGAUGUUACCAUACCAAACCUACCAGGAGCUUCAGUGGUACAAGUGGAUAUUAUAGCAUGCUUUCUUUAUUCUCAAAUGCAACUCAACACAGCAAAAUUAGCGGCAAUAUGGUAGAAAUUUGUCCUUUGGAAACAAAUACUAAGCCAUUGUACCAGUACGUCCGCAUAUCCUCAAAAGUGUAAAUGGAAAAUCUUCUUCGCCGGACUUUGUAAAUACCUUUUGGCAAAUACAAAUAACCUCUGCAAAUUAAACUGAAAAAAUUAUUGUAUAUACUUAACAACCGGAUUCAAACUAUAGUGACAGUUACAAAGUUCUGUUUAAAUAGAAUGCAACAUUAUUAACGUCCGCAUAUCCUCAAAAGUGUAAAUUGAAAAUCUUCCUCGCCUGACUUUGUAAAUACCUUUUUCGAAUGCAAAAAA